CUUCGCUCAUUUUUUCACUCACGCACAACCACAUCCACGCAGCGCAACGCAACGCACGAACAUACGCACAUAAUCCGAGUGGUCCGUUCUCCACUUCCCCCCCCUUUCUUUCCCUUGUCGUAUUCUUUUGCUUAUCUUUACCCUCGGUAGUCUUUCCUUUGCAGUACGCACUCAAUCCUUGAACUUGAACACACCGUUACACGUCCUGCAUCUCCACAGCGUUCUUUGUUUCACACUUUUUUUUUGGCACUUCGUGAUACAUCUUUUUUAAGACCAUUUCUCAAACUCAUACCCUACUCCACUCUUCUUCAGCUACAUCUACUGCCACAGCAAUGACUGCUGCAACAUCCCCGAUUACCAGCUUAACAGACCUCGGCAAAGAGCGGCCUUCGGCCAUGUCUGCUGUCAAACAGCACGCAGAAUACUCGGAUAGGGCCGAGCCAAGGUCCAUGUCAAUGGAUUACACCAACAGCUCCAGCAACAACGCCUCUGGACUCACGACUUAUUCAACCCGACACCAGCAACAGAGUCAUUACGGUCAAGAACACACUGGCGGAUACAGCGAUGAGUACUACGACCAGCAGCAGCAGCAGCCGCAGCACUACAGCAAUGGCCACGGCCAUAGCCACCACUCGUCCUCGUCCUCUUCCUCAUCCUCACACUAUGCCCACAACUCUAAUGGUUCCUAUCUGCCGCCUCCUAUCCAUACUGUGUCCUCCUUUGCACAUGGCAAUGGCAAUAGCAAUAGCAACAGCAAUAAUGACGACCCUUCCCUGUACGCCUCUCACUACGGCCAUGCCCAGCCCAUCCACGGCUCCUUUGUCUCGCCCACCUCACCCUCUGUGUCCUCAACUCAGCUAUCGUCGAAUGGUGCUCAGUACGGUUAUCAGCAACAACAGCCACAGCAGCAGGGCCACUACGACUAUGACCACCCCCAAGCCCAAUACCACUCUUACCAUGCACACCACGCAUCAUACCCUCAGGAUCAUCAUCAACACCCCUUAAGUCCAUCCAGCGAAGGAAACGGACAUCAUUUUUAUAACGGCCACCCAGUUCCUGUCGGGAAGGUGGUAGACAACAGUAAUAGUCUCAGCAAUGGAUCGUAUUCGUCUUCGGCCUCUUCUACGCACUAUUCGUCCAGGUAAUCAUCAGAUGUCGUUUGUACCCUGGAGAUGAUAUGAGAGGCAUGUGCGAAGGAUCUACAUACGCUGAGCACUCUUUACGGCACCCUUCUGAGGGCGGACAAGGCGGACAAAACAUAAUGAGCGGAAGUUUAACGCUCUUGUACUUCUGGAUGCACGCUCGAGGUGGUAGCUAAAGGAGUGCGGCGUCAACUUUUUUUUUUCCUGUGGAGGCUGAGUUUUAUAUGAUAGUGUCUGGAGGUAUGAUGAAGAAGCGCUUUAUUGUGGCGAACCCAUUGCUUUCCUGCGGAUCUGAUUGUUGACAGGGCAUG